AGAUGGCGGAGGGGUGCGGCGCGGAGGCGCCGCGGCUGGCCGAGCUGCUGGCGGCGGGCUGGCGGCUGUGGGAGGAGGUGGAGGCCGGCACCGAGCCGUCCUCGGCUGCCCCGGCCGUGCAGGACAAGGUGCGGCGGGGGCUCGACGCCCUGCAGCGGGCGGCCGCCAUGGUGGCGCAGCUGGACCUGUUCAGCGAGAACGAGGACCUGGAGGAGGUCGCGUCGGCCGACCUGCGCUACCUGCUGCUGCCCGCGCUGCUUGGGGCCCUGACGCUGCGGCAGGUCAGCCAGAGCCAGCGGCUGGAGCACCUGGACAGCGCCCGCGCCCACUUCUGCCGCUUCCUGCGCCUCUGCAAGAGCUACGGGCUGGGCCGCUUCGCCCUGCCCGCCGCCAGCCCGCCGCCCGCCAGCCCGCCGCCCGCCGCCCCAGGCCCGGCCGGCGGCAGCCUGCUCGCCGCCGCCUCGGCCCGGCAGGCCAAGAUCGAGAGAUAUAAGCAGAAGAAAGAACUGGAGAAUAGAUUGGCCUCUAUGAGAUCCUUUGUGGAGAGUGGGCAAGCAGAUGAGGAUCAGAUGCGAGAAUUUUACCUCCUGCAAAUCCAGAAAUGGAUCAACAUCAGUCUUGAGGAAAUUGAGAGUAUUGACCAAGAAAUUGUCAUUUUGAAGAGCAGAGGUACAAUAAAGCAGUCUUCAGCACCACCACAUGGUACUUCUCGGCAAGUCAGGGCUCCAUUGAAACCUUUCAUUCUUACCCGGGAUGCUGCUCAGGCUAAAGUGUUUGGUGCUGGAUAUCCUGGUGUGCCAACUAUGACAGUAGAUGAUUGGUAUGAACAGCGCAGAAGGCAAGGAGUCAUGCCUGGUCAGAGCGUCCCUCAGAGAACACCAGCAGGUGUAGCUGAUGAGGAACUGCAGAAGAAGCAACAGGAGAAAAAAGAGGAAGAGGAUGACGAGGAAGCUCUUCAAAAAGCUCGGAACUGGGAUGACUGGAAAGAUACGCACCCAAAAGGCUAUGGCAACCGACAGAAUAUGGGCUGAUGCUCCAGCUGCAGAAAGAGUAGGACUUGGAAAUCCCAUAAGAAUGCCUAUGUCCUGGAGGUGCAGGAGUACAUACACUGUACAUACACAGAGGUAUCCUUGAUUUCUCUGGCAGUAACCAGAGUCUGAGGAGUGAACAGGACAGUUUGUUUUGGUUUACAUAAAUGUCAGACUGACUGAGAGUGCACUUGUUAUGUGCAGAGAUAACACGGGAGCUCCUGUCAAGUGGAGCUCUUUCUGAGGGCUUGGACUAUCUCUAUUCUCCCAGUCAGAGGAAGUCCUUGAAAGAAAGUACAUAAAUUUGAAAACAGCUCUUUGUAUUGUUGGUGGAUGUAUUUAUUUUUUCUCUAUAUUUUAAACAAAAUAAAAUCUCUUGUCCUGACUA